AUGGCAUCCUCAAUCUCGGGACCAGUUCCAUUACCUGAAUCGAAAUAUGAUUUAUCAUCAUAUUGGGGAAGAGUAAAACAUUGUGCUGAAAUCUCCGAUCCAACAAUGUUGUUGAAUUCUACCAAAGACAUUCAAACAGCAAAGAUAAUGAUCUGGGAAUACCGUAAUGGUGUAAGACCAACUAUGACUCCAGAAUUAUGGAGGGCUAAAAGAGUUUUAGAUUCCACGUUACAUCCAGAUACUGGAGAAACUGUAUUUUUACCAUUUAGAAUGAGUUCAUGUGUCUUGUCUAAUUUAGUUGUUACAGCUGGUAUGUUGACGCCAAACUUAGGUCCAGCAGGAACGAUAUUUUGGCAGGUGGCGAACCAGUCCUUAAACGUUGCUAUUAAUACUGCUAAUGCUAAUAAAUCACAUCCUUUGAGCACUCAACAGAUUAUUACAAAUUAUACUAUGGCGGUUACUGCUUCUUGUUCAGUUGCCUUAGGUUUAAAUGCUAUAGUUCCAAGAUUGAAAUCGUUAAGACCUAAUACCAGAAUGAUCUUAGGCCGUUUAGUUCCAUUUGCAGCCGUUGUGUCUGCAGGUGUUGUCAAUGUAUUCUUAAUGAGAAGUGAGGAAAUUAAAAAGGGUAUUAAUGUCUACGAUAAAGAAGGAAAAGAAGUCGGAAUUUCUCAAACCGCUGCUGUGUAUGCUGUUAGUGAGACUGCUGCCAGUCGUGUUAUAAACGCAACACCAGUGAUGGUUAUUCCACCUUUAAUUUUAGUCAAAUUACAGAAAUCAGGCUUCUUGAAGGGUAAAUCCAAAAAGUGGGAGAUCGCUACUAAUAUGGGAUUAAUUUUCACAACUGCUUUGGCAGCUUUGCCGUUUGCAUUAGCAAUAUUUCCUCAAAGAAGACAAUUAUUGGCAACUCAAUUGGAAGAAAAAUUCCAUGGCUUAAAAGAUAAAAAUGGUAAUGAGGUUGAAUACUUGGAAUUUAACAGAGGUAUUUAA